AUGACUACUGAAUACGACGUUAUUGUUAUUGGUGCCGGCGUGGUUGGACCAUGUAUAGCUACAGCUUUGGCGCGACAAGGAAGGUCGGUUCUCAUUAUUGAACGCGAUUGGUCACGACCGGAUAGGAUAGUUGGAGAGCUAUUGCAACCGGCUGGAGUUAAAGCUUUGAGAGAGUUGGGUAUGAUAAAUGCCAUCAAUGAUAUCAAUGCCGUUGAUUGUACUGGAUACUACAUCCAAUACUAUGGGGACCACGUCACUAUUGAGUACCCAUUCAAGGACGUGGCGCAAGUGACCAACCCGGUGAAACCUUUGGGAAAGGAGUACAAACUAAGACUGGAUUCAACAAUAGAUGUUUCCAAAUGGGACAGUGAUGAACGGGUGCGUGGGGUUGCAUUUCAUCACGGGGACUUUUUGCAAAACCUACGAAGCAUAUGUAAGUCAGAACCAAACGUUACUGCAAUUGAAGGAACAGUGACCAAAUUAGUGCGCGAGUUCAAUGGUGAUGUUGUUGGAAUAAGUGGUAAACAAAAGGAUGAAAAAUUCACAUACCGUGGCAAAUUAAUCAUUUCAUGUGAUGGGAUAUACUCCAAAUUCAGAACUGAAUUGGGGAAGAACAAUGUACCCUCAAUCGGGUCUUAUUUUGUUGGGUUUUACUUGGAGGAUGCUCAACUACCAGCUCCAAAUAAAGGACAUGUCUUGUUGGGCAACCACGCACCAGUGCUCAUAUACCAAGUAUCACCUAGUGAGACUCGAGUGCUAUGUGCAUUCAGAUCAACUAAACCGCCAUCUGCCGCCAAGAAUGAAAUAUACAACUACUUAGAAAAGGAUGUGUUGCCGAUCAUACCCAAAGAAUUGUACCCUGCAUUUAAAAAAGGGAUGGAAAAGAGGAAAUUCAAAGUCAUGCCCAACCAGUACCUUUCCGCCAAGAAGCAAAACCAACGCGGGUUGAUCUUACUUGGUGACUCGUUAAAUAUGAGGCAUCCAUUAACUGGAGGUGGAAUGACGGUAGGAUUGAACGAUGCAGUCUUGUUGGCACGGUUAUUAGACCCAAAGUCAGUGGAUGAUUUACAAGACUACGAUUUGGUUCAAGAGAAGUUGGUAAUUUUCCAUCGUAAACGGAAAAACCUUGAUGCUGUGAUCAACACAUUAUCAAUUGCAUUGUACUCGUUAUUUGCAGCCGAUAAAAAACCGUUGAAAAUUUUGCAACGGGGGUGUUUUAGGUAUUUCGAACGUGGUGGUGAUUGCGUUGAUGGACCUAUUGGGUUAUUGAGUGGAGUACUACCAUUCCCCAUGUUGUUGUUUAAUCAUUUCUUUAGUGUUGCAUUUUAUUCUAUUUAUUUGAAUUUCAUCGAUCGAGGUGUUUUGUUCCCUGUUGCUAUUUGGGAAGCCUUUGAAGUGUUGUUUACUGCUAUUGUCAUCUUUACACCUUACUUGUGGACUGAGUUAGUUAGAUAG